UCAGUGGGGAGAGAUGCUGGUGUUGGCUGCAACAGAGGGGUAAUCGCCACGUGUGGAACCCCGGUCACCUUGCAAGAUCAGGGGCGGACUGACAACUCAUGGGGCCCCCGGGCAAUAGGGGAUCAUGGGGCCCCUGUGUCCUUUCCCAAACUCAAAAAAGCCUAUGAAAAAGGUUCCAGGGGCAUCUCAUGGGGCCCCCUACUGACCCCGGGCCCUCGGGCAGUGCCCGAGUUUCCAAAUGGUCAGUCCGCCCCUGCGCUUGACCCGUUUUCAUGUGCA